AUGCCAACUAACAAACGGACGGUGUCUGAGGCUGGACUUGAUGCUACCACUUGUACUGUCGCCCAGUCUCCGACUCGAAAACAUCCAGCAAUUUCUCGCGUCGAAUAUGUGGAUCUGUUGACCCAAGGGCCGAGAGUUAAAAUUGAACCUCUCGACUACGAGGACUCUCUCGCGAUGGAGUUCGAUGUGCCCCGCAAGCUUCCGCGUCCGAAAAUUGGGUCAGGCUCUUUGUAUGAUGCAUCGCCUCAUACAUCUACUCCUGUCGAAACUGGGGCACCAUACAUUUCACGCUCAACCACCGGGAACGCUUCUGAGGAGAUCGAAUUCAAAACUCCUGACGCGACCGCUUUUGACGAAGCACCGAACCGUGUGUCCAAACGUACACGACGCGAAAUCACCACCAUAGUCGAGAACAUGGAAAAGAUUUUCCACCAGAGCCGCGAGUCUCGCGCCUCUGCUCAGGGCUUGUCUCGUCGCGUCUUGUAUCGAAGUCCAUCCCGGCCUUCAGAGUAUAUUUACGCGACCAUCCCUUCGGAGCUAUUUCCUGAGUUUGAGGUAGAUCUCCUUGAGCGAUUUUCAUCCAAGGAGUUGCACAUUUCGCGCGAGUUGGUCCGGAUCAGGGCCGAUCUUUAUUAUUCGUCUGAUCCGCUCAAACAUCCUUUCCCGCACAUUCGAAACUUACUCGUCCACAUCGGCUACGCGCUUGAUGUUUCAAAGACGCCGGUGAAAAUGCAUAUCAAUCUUACAUUCCCGCCUUCUGUCGGACCUACUUCUGGCAGCCCAUCUUUCAACUUUCGUAAUAGUAUUCGCGAGCUGCUUUCCGCGUACUUGGUGCAGCUGUCUGAAUAUUACCGCGGCGCCGCCUGUUUGCCAGCUCGCGUUGAUGCGCAUCGGCAUCAGCUGGACUCUCUGGCGCAAAACGUUCUCGACUAUUUAUUCGCCGAGGACGUUGGGAAAUCAUUCAGAAUCCCAGUUUCAAUUCGAACUGAUCUACUCACCACUUCCCAUGAUGAAUAA